AUGCCGCCGUUGUUGAAGCACAUCGACGAGGAACUUGAGGCUCUUGAUCACAGGGCCAUCAAAGAACGAUACAAUUACUCGGAUGAUAGGUAUGAUGAGAUGCGACGACGAACACCAUGGGUACUCGUCUGUGAUCAAGAGAAUCUACUUGCAGAGAUUGAGGAAGAAAAGGACCAGGAAGGCUACGCCACUGAAGUGUCAAGCGAAAAUUCGACUGAGGACGAUUCAAGCGCUUCAACACAGGGUAACUCCGAGCAAAAUGAGCAACUACGAACCGUAAUCCAGGCACCAUCGAUUCCCGUCGUCUCCUACCCCAGCGACCCUGUCUUGGAGGUACUACCUACGGUAGCGUUGUCCUAUGCACCCCUUUCCGUUACCCACAAUGUCGCGCCAGAUGUACCACGUGGUCAAUCUUUGUCUCGCAGAGAGGCCUUUUCCAUCUGCAACAUCGAUCCUGAAGUUCUUCAUAGCCCAUCUUUAUCACACACACAGGCCUUCUGCGUCUACGACACUCCACCUACAACGUUUCACAACCCAGCAUUGAAUUGUUCUAUGAUUUCUCACGUGGAUACUGUACCCAAUGUGCCUCGUGGCCAAGCAUUGACAUACAUCGAGGUCGUAUGCAUCUACGAUGCUCCGCCUACGACGCUGCAUAACCAGGCAUUGGCAUUCUCACCAACUUCCUUCAUCGAUAUCGAACCUAUGAUGCCUUUAUACCAGGACGCCAUGGAACAAGAGAUCAUUAAGCAAAAACAUCUCCUAAAGAGAGCAGAAGAACGUGCUCAUGAACACGAACGUCAGGCUAAGGCAGCAAAAGAAAGAGCAGAAGACGCAAUACAGAAAGAACGACAGACAAGCGAGCGAUUAGUCGCUUUGGAACUAGAGACUAAAGAGAAUGCUCGAGCAUGUGACCUUCGGGUUCAAGAAGCAGACAAAAGGGCGAGCAAGGCUAAUCAGAGGAAAGACGAAGCAGACGCGCAUGCCCAGGACUGCACAAGUCGAGCUCAGAUGGCAGAACAGAGGGCUCAAUCAGAGAUGGAAGCGCAACGCGCCCGCGCGGACAAAGCGGAGUCAGACAUGGCUGCAGAACGGAUCCUCGCAGAAGCUGCAGCCAAAUCGCACCAGACAGACAUGCACCAAGCAAAAUCUGCAGCAGAUACCCUGCGGGAGCAGGACAUGGGAAGGGAACAUGUGCUUAUCGCAAUGAGCGAGCGUAUCAGCGAGCUGGAUGAGUUCCUGAGACUCGCCAAGUUGGAGAAUGAGCAAUUGGAAAAGAGGUGCAAGUGGGCCGAGACUGAUGCUCCCACUGAUGUUUCCCACGACCAACAAGGAGAAGCCGUCAAAUCGUUGGCUCACUUGACUCGGUACCAUGCCGACCCCUCCACCGUCGAAUUGAAGCUGGAGCAUGAUUUCUAUCCAAACAUCACACACAACAUGGACGCCCUCAGCUGCAUGAUGCACGAAGUCCGAAUGCGUCGCAAUCCUUUGCAGGCAGCAAGGGAACUGCGUGCGUGUGUCAUACUCGCCAUCAACUAUCUUAAUAUCUGGAACUGUGGGGCGUGUGGCAAUGCCGAACAGCGUGCCAAAAAAGCCGAGUUGCAAGCCGAGGCGGCGAAGUGGAAUUUUGAGUUGUAG